GAUAGUUCCCUGCCAUCGUUUGCCCAUGCAGUUUUCAAUGAAUAUUGUAUGUGGUUUGUGGCUUAGGGUGCUGAUCAUUUGAAUCAGCGGGUUGCGGGGAGGAAAGCAUCCUGGAUGAGCGUACCAGAUGAUGGAAUUUCUCCCAAACGCCGCAGUUGCACGACCAGGACUGUCUCCAUCCGAAAUUAGAUAGAAAAAAAAGCAAGAUUUUUAUACAGCGGGAAGAUGUUUUGCGCGAAGCUGAAGGAACUGAAGAUAUCCGGAGACUGUCCGUUCUCCAGCAGCGCCAAAAAUAAUGAGCUCGGAGACUUUGUGGAGCGCUCAACUGUCGCCGCGGAUGUAUUACCUAUUUCAAAGGACGUGCAUGGAAAAAUAGGUGAGGAUCUACCUCGACAGAAAACCAACAGAGCCAAAGUUAACCUCCAUACACUUGGGGAGAGCAUCCGCAAAUUGGCAUGCCCUGAGUUUCAAAGGCUGCAUACUGCCCUCCAAAGAUUGGUGAGACUAUCAGAUCAUACCGGGGAUUCUGAAAGUCCUGAAAUGUGCUGUGCAGAAAUGUGUACCGAUGAAGCAGAGCAUCUAGUGGAGAUAAUGAACAUUUACUCAGCCAAAACAGAAAUCCCAAUGGAAGCUCUGAAAGUCGCUCUCGGCCAAGAGCUCUUCAACAUGUGUUAUGAGGAGGAUGGACACAUUUUGAGGGUGGUGGGGGGAGCUCUUCAUGACUUCCUUAACAGCUUCAAUGUCUUGUUGAAACAGAGCAGCACGCUGCCCAAUCCGGACAGAGGGGAUUGUGUAAACGAACCUUCCGUGCUGUGCUUAGACAAGGAUCCGGGUCUGCUUACUGUCUAUUUCUUCAACCCCCACCCAACCACUGAGCUCUUCUUCCCUGGAGUCAUCAAAGCUGCUGCGCGCCUGCUGUAUCAAACCACUGUGGAUGUGUUGAUGGACCCCCCUGGGGCGAAAGACAGCAUCUUGCAGUCCAGUCCCCAACCCAGUCUUCUGUACACAGUUGUAGUUAAGGAUGCUAAAAAUCUGAGUCCCAGUCCACUGCGGGCUACCUCAGCUGGGACCCUUCCUACCUCUCUGUUCUCCACCAUCUUCCCCUUCCAUUUGAUCUUGGACCAAGACUUGGUUCUGGUACAAAUAGGACAUGGUCUCAGGAAGAGACUGCCUAGAAAGGAUGGACUUAGGAGGUCUGCCACCUUCCAAGAACGCUUCUCUAUUGUCUCCCCCCAGAUCAAAUGUACAUUUCAAGGUAUUCUGACCAUGCUAAAUACACAGUUUAUCAUUCGGAUCAAGCAUGGAGUUUCAAGCACAGAAAACACAGGGAAGCUCAUGGAUCUUAAAGGUCAGAUGAUCUACGUCUCUGAGUCCGACGCCAUCUUGUUCCUGGGCUCCCCGUGUGUGGACAAGCUGGAGGAGCUGACGGGCCGUGGCCUCUACCUGUCGGACAUCCCCAUUCAUAACGCUUUGCGUGAUGUCGUCCUGGUUGGUGAACAGGCCAAAGCCCAGGAUGGUUUGAAGAAGCGACUGGGGAAACUCAAGGCUGCUUUGGAGUACGCUCACCAAGCACUAGAGGAGGAGAAAAAGAAGACUGUGGACCUCCUCUUCUCCAUCUUCCCGGGGACUGUGGCUCAGCAGCUGUGGCAGGGUCAGACGGUCCAGGCCAAGAAGUUUGAUCGAGUUACGAUGCUGUUCUCUGACAUUGUGGGCUUCACUGCUGUUUGCUCACUCUGUACUCCAAUGCAAGUGAUCACUAUGCUCAAUGAGUUGUACACCAGGUUUGACCACCAAUGUGGAGAGCUUGAUGUUUAUAAGGUGGAGACCAUUGGUGAUGCAUAUUGUGUAGCAGGAGGUUUACACAAGGAGAGCGAGACUCACGCUGUCCAAAUUGCACUCAUGGCCUUAAAGAUGAUGGAGCUUUCAGAUGAAGUCAUGACACCGACUGGGGACCCAAUACAGAUGCGUAUAGGCCUUCAUAGUGGCUCAGUACUGGCUGGUGUAGUUGGCGUGAAAAUGCCACGCUACUGCCUCUUUGGAAACAAUGUCACACUGGCAAACAAGUUUGAAUCAUGUAGUCAACCCAGAAAAAUCAACAUCAGCCCAACAACUCACAGUUUGUUGAAGGAUCGUCCAGAGUUUGUCUUCAUUCCCAGGACCAGACAGGAGCUUCCGGCCAACUUCCCAGAAGAUAUCCCUGGUGUGUGUUACUUUUUGGAGGCGUCAUUCAAAACUUCAAAACAGGCUCUGAAAUGAAGUCAAGCUGCUUCAGAGCCCAAAAAUGUUAAAUAUGAAGAAUAAUGUAUCUAGUGAAUACAUUGCUAACACAUAGUUUUUGGUUGGAGUUGUUUAGAUAUUGAUGAUAGCUUAAUGUCUAUGAGUAAAACUCUUGCAGCUGCUUUUACAAAGAUGUCAGGUCACUGUCAAACAUGUGUCUUGUUCCUGUACAACUGCUCAUUUCUACAGAUAGCAGUAGAGAAAAACUCACGUCCUCCACUUUUCUUCCAGAGAGUGAGUCAUCUUUACAUUCAUUUUGGGACUAUUUUAUCAAUAGUUUAGAGCUAAGAAACUUGUGAAAAUUUAUGCCAAAAAAGAUAAGAAGCAUUUAAAGUAAAAAAAAAAAAGUCACUUUGUGUGAUUUGAAGGUCUUUCUAAAAUUUGUGAUCUUCCAUAAUGUAGAUAUGAAACAAACAUAUUCUGGAUGUUAAUCCUAAAUGUGAUGUUCCUAUCAGAGUGUGAUCAGAGUGGUUAUUUUUAUGAAGAUUGUUUUGUGUAAAUAUCAGAUUCAUCAUGUCUAUCCAAUCUGCUGUGACUUUAGGUGGAUACCUGCUAAAGCACCUUGGCUUGAUGGUACGCCAGGAAAAAAAAAAAAAAAAAUGUAUCUGAGUAGAGGUGACAGGAAAUCUGAAAAAACUGAAGCACAUGGAAAUAUAAUUCAGAGAUUUAGUCAUCAUCUCACCUUCUUAAGUUAGGAUUCUCCGACCGAAUGAAGGGAUGCAGAUUCAGGUGCCUUAUGGAAACUAUACAAGCAGAUUCACAGGCAUUCGUUUGUAAUCAUGAGUAUAUGUAUGUUUGCAGUUAAUUUUAUUUGUGCAAUUUUUCUUUUGAAUCGUUUUAACUAAUAUAUACACAUCACAAUUUAUCUUUUCUAGAAAUAGGAAAAUAAACAUUUUGAAGCGUGGGAUUCCAAUUCCAAUUCAUUCCAAGAUCCUUUUUUUUUUCAGUUAUAAGUCAUGUACUGUUUUUUUGGUUUUUUUUUUUUUUUUUAUCACUAUACACAUAAUUAUACUAUAUUUAUUGGUUUUAUAGCACUUCUUUUCAACUACAAUGGGGAUAUGAAACACGCAACAAGAAUGCAAUGAAUGUGUAACUAUCACUCAUAAUGAUGUGCUUUAAUCAUUAAUGUAAUGUAAUCCAGCUGAAAUAAAUAUUGACAUUACCUGA